AAAAAAACUCGCCGUUCACGGGCGGACAUGUUCAACUGAGCUAGACGAUCGUCCACGUCACUUUCGUACAUGGAUAGGUAGGUAGUAGCCACAUGGUGAACCUCAGGGACUUGUCCUCUGUCGAUCAGCAACCACAGGAAUGCAUCUUGGUAAAGGAAUGGCAUAGAAACACCAAGUAUUAUACUACCUGGUCUACGCUAAGCAUAUCAUCCAUCCAUCCAGCAAGCCAUACAGGAGACCGCCUCCAAAAGAAAACUAAAAUAGACAUGUAUCCCCGAAUUCUUCCAACGAACCGAAAAAGGAAAAAAGAAGGGAGACCACGUCGAUGCAACAGUCAAAACACCACCUCCCUUUUAAAACGAAAAAAAACGCCAUGCGUGCACGGUAGGGCAACUCUUGAGCAGCGAAUUUGGCACGCCGAGACAGAUAUCAUAUAUAUCAAGCACAACGCCACCUUUCCCCCCCCCCCCCCCCAAAAGACACAAAAAAGUGUAAAGCUCUCGGCGCAAUCCUUCCUCAUGUUGAGCCCAAAGCCUGAAAAAGUAUCCUUUUGUUUUUGUUUUUUUUCUUUGAACUCAACUUUGGGGACGAGGAUUCAUAUUACAUUUUUGUGUGUGUGUUUAUUUUUUUCAUGCAUCCCCGUAAUGAUGAGGCUUCGAAUCUACGAGGAGGCCGUUAGCGAUGGGCGCUUUUUUUGAGUCAAAGCUGAUUUAUGCGUAGAGAUGCUGUGUGAAGGGCUGACUGGUAGUUUGCGUAGGGCAAAAAAGGUGAAGGCGCUGUCAAGUGUGUGAUAUAUAUAGAUAUUCGACGCUACUCA